CUUCUCCUUUUCUUUGUGAUUUGUCCUACAGUUCUCCUUGUUGAAGGGGCCAGUGUGAACCUGCCUCUGGGUAGUACCCACUGCCACCUGUACAGCAGCCAGGAGUGUGAGAAAGAUGGCACCAAGUGUGGCAACACCACCGAAGAGUGUGACAACAAGGAAGCUGAGAUACCAUCCUGCUACGUCCUCUGGAAAAACGAGACUUCCUCUGGAGGUGGUGUAGAUGUGAUGAUGCGAGGCUGCUGGCAGAAUCAGGGUGACUGUCUUGACAUGGACUACUGUAUGAGCUCUAGUCCUGCUGACCAAAACCUCUUCUUCUGCUGCUGUGUGGGGAACCUGUGCAACAUGAACUUUUCUUUCCUCCCGACCCCAGAACCUACCCCCACUGUUACACAAACAACAGUCACAGGAUCCAAUAUAGACGAGAAGAAGAAGAAGAACGAGAUGCUGACCAAAACCAUCCUGUAUUCCAUCGUGCCGAUCGUUGCCAUCGCUCUGGUGAUCAUCAUGCUUUACUGGAUGUGUAGACGACACCGCUAUCAUUCCCUGAUUGCCAUCCCGACCACAGAGCCAACUCCAUCACCCAUGAACAGCCUACCUCCCAUCCAGCUCCUGGAGAUCAAAGCCAGGGGCCGCUUCGGUGCUGUCUGGAAGGCCUCUUGUCUCAACGACAUCGUGGCUGUCAAGGUGUUCCCUAUACAGGAUCGCAACUCCUGGGCCAACGAACGUGAGAUCUACAGCCUCCCUCACAUGCACCAUGAGAACCUCCUCCAUUUCAUCGCGACGGAGAAACAUGGAGAGGGAUUGGAGGUGGAGUACUGGCUCAUCUCAGAGUUCCACCAUCAUGGAUCUCUGUGUGACUACCUCAAAGCCAAUGUUAUCAGCUGGAAGGAGCUGUGUGGUAUCGCUUUCUCCAUGGCCAAGGGCUUGGCUUACCUGCACGAGGAUAUCCCACCUACCACCGCUAUACCAUUUGUCAAGCAUUCAGUAGCUCACAGGGACUUCAAGAGUAAGAAUGUGCUGAUAAAGAACAACACCACAGCUUGCAUUGCAGACUUUGGCUUGGCCUGUGUGUUUGAGGCUGGCAAGAAUCCAGGAGACACUCAUGGACAGGUUGGAACGAGACGCUACAUGGCUCCAGAGGUACUAGAGGGAGCCAUUCAGUUCAAACGAGAUGCUUUUCUGCGUAUCGACAUGUAUGCCUUUGGCUUGGUACUGUGGGAGCUUGUAACAAGAUGCACAGUACAAGAUGGGCCAGUUCCAGAGUAUAGAUUGCCCUUUGAGGAAGAGCUUGGGCAAGGCACAUCACUAGAGGACAUGCAGGAAUGGGUAGUGGUCAAGAGGAAACGACCUGUCAUCAGUGACCAUUGGCUGAAGCACAGGGGUCUUGAGUUACUAUGUGAGACGAUUGAGGAGUGUUGGGACCAGGAUGCUGAAGCUCGUCUCUCAGCCGGCUGUGUAGAAGAGCGGAUAGCACAGUUCAGCCACAGCCACAUGAAUGGCCACAUGAAUGGCCACCAUCCGGUAUCGCCAACGCCUCUCAUCAUGCAGACCAUGCACAAUAGCACAAGCUUUGAGAACACUGGUAACACGGAGAGCACAGACAUUGCUUUAUACAGGAAUUCCCCGUCUCCGCCUCCCAAGGAGUCCAACUUAUAGGGGUUGUAGGCAUGUGGCCGAUGCAGACGCUGCCGUUGUGUGUGAGUGUUAGAAGACACUGGAUAUGUUACCCGCAGGGUGAUCAUGCAGCGGGAGUGUUGUGUUGCCAUGUGAGAACAAUCUAGGACAACUCAAAGCUGAAUGCCAACUGGGAUACAGCGGUUGAAGCUGUAACUUGAAGACGCCAAGAAAUAUGAAGGAGACAAGGAGAUGGUGGGAAACUUGGAGGAGAGAUGGCCUACUGCACCUGGAAUGCUCUCAACGUGUCCCGCCAGUCAAAGAUCCCAGCCCAUGGUCAAGAAGUGAUUUCUGAAAUGUGUUGACAGUGUGUGAGCGAUGUCAUCAGGUGAAAGUGCAUUCAACUCUUUGAUAAAAUUGCGGAGCAUCCAUGCGCUUUGCUUCUACCUGUGGAUGGGCUGUCCUUUGAAAAUCCUUGAAGGUAACGAAAAAGAGUUCUGCGCCGAGGAGAUAUUUUUGAUGACAACUGGAAAAAAGAAGAACAAUGACAUAACUCAUCACCUUUCUAGAAUGAACUGAGAGUGAUUUAUAUUAUGUGGAUGGUUAUUGAUGCUUUCCAAAUGUUUGUAAAUAGUGCACCGUCUGAGAGGACAUACAUGGUGAGGACUUUGCAGACAAAUAGGCAGUCUGUGAAUUACUGUGCUUUGACAUCAGUGUGACCCAUAACCCUGAAGGAAGAACUCUGCCAAGUCACACUGCAUACAUGGUGUAUUCUAAAAGCAAGCUUUUUACGUUUGUUGCCGAACUCCUACGUCAAUGUCUUUGCUGCAUGAGAUUAUAUGUUCUGUUCAUUUUUUAACCACCCUUUUAAUUGUACAUAGAUCUUUUCUGCUGUUAAGAAAAGCAAUGGUUAGACUUAUUUUUUGUGUGUAGACAUUGCAGUUAAUAGUUUGUGUGAUUAAGAUAAAAAAUACAGUAAAAUAAUUUGUGUUCCUCAGGAUUCAAUUUUUUCCGCCAGCUUUGAGGUUUAUGUGAGUUAGUAAGGAUACAACAUCUAGAUUGAAGUAAGACCAGGAUAGAAGGUUGAAUGGGUUAUAAAUGCUGCAUCGGAAAGAGAUUAUAAGGUGUGUAGAUGAAUGGAGGAGCCUCCUAUAUGACAAGAUUUGUAGAUGAUACCUUAUGCUGCCAAAGUAGAGAUAUUAGAUAGAGAAAACUGUGUAGGAAAAGAGAGUUAACUAUUUCUGACCCUUGACCCUUGUGACAGAGAGUAAGAAAUGGGGCGGGGGUUUCAAUUACAUUUAAUUAAAAUGUUUUGAGUUUGUACGCACAAAAUGACAUUGUCUAGGACAUCGUUUCUCAAAGUUUUGGAAAGAGUCUUUGUAAACCGGCUUGAUUAUUUACAGGCUCAAUUAUUUACAGGUUACAGAAUGCCAAGAGAAACUUGGCAUGAGCUGGAUAUGGUGACAAAGUUGAUGGUGUUAUCCCCUGCACUGAAUGAAGAUGUUAUUGUGAGGUAUACCACAGAUGAGGUUUCGCUGUUUUAUCAUGCACAUGCUAACUCCAGAAGGGACCAGAAUAAUGCAAACAGUAGAUAUACUUUAAAUAAGUUAUUGCCACGGAUGAGUCUUACCCCGUCACUUUAGAAAGACUUUACAAUGCCAUUUGUGUUUACUUAUCCAUAUAUUUGAUAUGCUGCCACGUAACUUUACCAAACUGUUUGCUGGAGUUAAAUGUGUUAUUUAGUAAAGAUAUGUAGCAAAUUUAGCGAUCGUCUUUCAACUGAAAAGAAGUAAUGGAUUUCAUGUGAAGGGUGAAUCUACGGCCCACUAUCCAGGCAUUUCACACAUUGCCUAAGCCAUGACACCCAUGGAUUCCAAUGAAAAAGCAUGGCAUUAGACAUGAUUUCUUUACCUCCUAAAUGUUGUAGUCGGUGUUACUGGGUACAUAAGAAAAUCAAACGCAAUGGAAGGGGCAAUUGUUACUAUUGGGGGGGGGGGGGGGGCUGAUAGAACUUGUUUUACUGGGGAUGUAUGAGUAGUAUCUGCUAGCAAUGCAAUAAAACAGCAGGAUCUGAAUCUUAACGUGUUUAAUUUAAUCAAGAUGUCCCUCGUCGACUGCAGGAGUUACACAGCUGCUAUUUGAUCAUUUUGUUUGUGUGUGUGAUUGUGAGUUGUAGCCAGACAAAAUGACACAAACCAACACAUCUGUCAUGUGUUGGCAGCAAUAGAUGCUCAACUUUAUUUAUGCAUGUAUCGUACACACCUUGUUUAUAUCCUGUUUCAUGUUCUCUCUACAUGUAGCAUGUAUGUUCUGUAUAUGUGUCUCUCACAGUGUCAACUCUAGUCACUGAAACUGCCGUCUUAGAGUUAUAUAUAUUAAUUAGUUCAUCUAGCUGAUCAGAUAUUUGUACAUUUGUUUUUAUCAUCAUAUAUCAGCAUCGCAUUCAAAUCUUGCUGAUUUUCAUCUUAUUUAUGCGGUAGAUAUUCUCCGCUGUAGUUGCUUCUCAGGAAGAUGCUAAUAUUGUCUGCUGAGAGGCAGAAGGAUGUUAGCUCCUAUCUUUAUACUUAGAGCUAACAUCCUUCUGGCUCUCAACACCCGAUAUUGUGUAGUUAGUCUAUGACGCUGUAGCUCUUAACCUACCUUGGCAGUAUUAUGACCAAAGCAUAGACUUAUAAACUUUGUGUGAUUGGGAGGAAUAUCUAAAUGGUAAAUACUUCAGCUUUGUUUACACAUGAGGCAGUAAAUCUCCUAAAACAUAGCACUGAAAUAAAACCAUUUUAGUGAGAAAAAAAU